CGAAGGGGGGCAUGACGGAGGUGGGGCUGGGGGUUGGAAGUGGUGGAGGAGGUGGAGGUGGUAGCAGUCGGGGGCUGGUCCAUACUCCGGAUUCCGACUGCAACAGCAAUCAUCCAAGAUCGGCCAGCGUCCUCAGCAACACCUCGUCGCAAGAUAUAGACUUCAUACAGGAUAAUUCUGAUUACCAGUGGUUCCUCGAUUAUGGGUAUAGGGAUAACCACCACACUAGUAUACUAUCAUUACCUGAGUCUUACGAAGCUGCGGAUAUCGGAUAUUACGAUACUCUAGCGAAGAAUCUGGACGCUAACCUGGCGGAAGCUGAUAUCGAAUCUUUUCGAACGGAAGACAUCCACGCGUUACUUACUAAUUUACCACCAAUGUGCUCGGAUCAAUCCAGCCAAGAUAGCAAUCGCGAAGGCGAGAGCUACGCGAGCGUCUCCAAUUCGAUGCUGGGAAAGUUCGACUUCGACAGCUCCAGUCCCCACAGUUCGUCUCAAGGGGAGGAAGACUCGACGUCGAUGUCCAUCUGCAAAUCGGAGCUGCUCUUCUCACCGGUCAAGGAGUCCAUGCCUAUGUUGCCGAUGCCCAAUUUCAGCGUCGAUUCUUUGGACUGCGAUCUCCUGAACGAGCACGACAUCAUGCUUACGUGUCAGGCGAACAAGGAUAACUACACCAUAGCCUUCGAAGGCUCCGUCACCAUGUAUUCCGAAGACAGUGAUUACCAUGAAGCAGAUAAAAGCGAGACUUCUGGUGGAGACGGGAGCGCCCAUUGGCGACCUGAAAUGCUCAAAGAGCAGAUGCAACCUGCGCUGAAUCAGCAGGAGUCGAUGACUCAGUCGGAUUCGAGUAGUUUUACCACUUGGAGCAAGCUGAAGAAGCGCUGCAGCGAUCAGCAGCUCAGGCAUCUGCCGUCUGGUAACAACAACCAGUCGGGCGAUGAGCUUACCAACAGCUUCCUGGAUGCGGAUCCUGCCGCGAAGAGUCGAAGCAUGCCCAAUUUGUAUAAGCAGAAGCUGCGCGGUUUGGUCGCCCACAAUUAUCAGGCUCGCUCUAAUCAGCUGAGCAAUAGUUCGGUGGAAUGCUGUACGACGAUCAAACGCAGACCGGUCAAAGUGUUCGACAUCCAACAUCAGAGCACCAGCGGCGAAAGCGGAAGUUUGGUCUCGGAUAUGGCCACUUCCGCCGACCAAAACACCACCAGCUCCUCGAAGCAGCAUCCACAAAACUUCAACCUAGUCAAGUUGUUCAUGAAGCAGAAGAGCAUCAGCGCGGAGGGAAUGUCCACAGGACUCGACCAGUCCUCCGAUUGGAGCGGAGAAUCGAGCGCGCAGAACCAGAAGCUCGACGAUAGCAAAGGUAGCUUGAACAACAAUAAUCACGAUUUGGAGGUGAAGAGACGCGUGAUGCGGACGAGGUCCACGAACACAAGGAACAGCAGGAACGUCGGUUUGAGCUCCAGCAGCUCGACCGCCUCCAGUUUCACCAAAUCCAAACACGUCCCCAUGCAUCUCAUGAACAAGAGCAUCCAAACGUCCGAAUGCAAGGAAUCCAAGAUCAAGGUAGUGCCACCUUCUUUCUUGAAUAAGUUAAAGAAGGAAGGUGAAAUUCAGAAGCCGGUGUACGUGUGUUAUCCGAACUACGUCCUCCCAAAUCUGGAUUUCCUCAACGAAACCACUGAUAAGGUAGUCUUCGUUCCACAAAAAGUUUCGGCGUCAAAGGCGUUGAGUCGCACCAACAAACGCCCAUUCAGCUGCAGCGACGUGGAGGCGCUCAAGAAGAAAGGUUUCAGUCAUGUACAAGAUUGGGAUUCUCUGAAUUUCCUGCUGCCCAAUGAGUGCAGGAAAAUCCUGGCCGAUGUACCCGAAGUGGCAAGCUACGGUCAAAACAAAGACAAACCCUCUUUCAAGAAGAGCAGCGAUUUCUCAGACGAUGUUUCCUCCAGUUCCGGCUACCGAGGCUCCUCAUCGCUCUUAGCUGAAGAGCAGCAGCAGUUACAGCAGCAGCAACAACAACAGCAGCAAUUCAAUCCGCUUUUCGUGUAUCGCUACGAUUCUGCAACCAGUUCAGCGGCUAGUUCAGCACCACCUCUACCGAAGCGCAGCAUAAGUUUAGAUGCUCCUCCAAGACCUCCACUUCCUCGUGGAAUCUUGCGAAAAGAUAGACAGGAGGAAGAGCCUUUCAAGUUACGUCGCAAAAAGUUGAGCGAGACCGAGGAUGAAGGCUUCGAUGCAUCGACCUCGAGCGUUGAAUCUGUUCUGUUUAGUAAAGAGGAGCUGAACCAGCUGGAGGAGUUCUUGAAGAUGAGCGCCGUGUCUUCGGAUCACGACGAUAUGAACGAUGAAAGCAUGUUGCAGUUGCGUUCGUGCGUGUCCAAGUUCCUCGCGCUGAAGAUCAAUCAAGACAGAAAGUGCGUGAGUUUCGCAGGGAACGUUAAGAACAACGUUGCCCCGAACAAUUCUCCGAACGUCUCGGCAUUGCUGACCCAGAGGUUUACUCAGGGUAAGACGUUGGUGGAGAUGCCGAUUUGUGAGGAAGCCGAAUCGAGCGAGUUCAGUCCGCAGAGGAAAGCCAAGAAUCCCAAGUGCAGUUUGAUAAGCGACGUUUGCGAUUCGGUGGGGAAGAUCGUGCAGGGAUUCUCUUCGGCUACGGACCAAGGGGAGCUGAAGGUGCUAUGCGAUUCUACAAUGAAUCCGCGCAGCGCGAAGCUCGUUCUCAACACCCUAUGUCCAGCUCUAUACGCUGUGUUAAGCGAUGGUCUCAAGCCAUCGCUGGAGACGUCGUUCGGAGCAAUCGGUAAUUCCGUUUGGCAGGUUAUUGAAGCAUCCGCGCAACAAGGACCACUCACCAAAGCCUUAAAUGAGCUGGUGAUGCGCAUCAACAGCGAGGACGUGAUUACGGAAGGUGUGGUGAAGUUCAACGCGUUGGUUUUCGGUCUUUUGAAUGUGAGAUCGUUGGACGCGUGGUUCAGUUAUUUGAGAACGAGGGAGAGCAUCUUGAGGAAGCACUACGCGCCGGAUUCGCUUCUGGUGCAAUCGCACACGGGCGGAACAGAGACCAGAGCACUUCUGGACACGCUUAUCACGUCGCUGCAGCCUCUGGCGCUUUUCCCAUUCCAAUUCGAUUUGCUCUUUGAGUACCGUCUUCUGCACGAGAGUCUGAAACGCAUGGACUCGUACCAACAACCACCUAGUCCUUCACAUAAAAUCAAAUCCGUUGAAGAUGUUUUACCCGAUCUGCUUUCAACGUCUCCGCCGAAACCUGCAGUGCGUCUGAGCAAGCAAAGACCGCGCUCAUGUGUCGAUCCAAAACCGGCAUUCAAGAUUGGCGAGGAUGUUAAUACUGUGCUGAAGAAGAGAUGGUCCGGUAUUAACAUGUCCUCGAAGUUGUUCACUGCGUACAACCGAUUGGCGCACGAGAACUCCGAAGAAGAGUACACUGACAGCCUGGAAACGUCGCCACCGACGGUGGUAUCUCCACCUAAGCAGCUAGAAAAUGUGAUCAAGAUGGAAGAGGCGCCCGAAUCGCUGGACUCGAAUUUCUCACUAGACGAGAAACCGUUGAACGGUAAGAAGUUCAAGAAGCUGCAACGCAAAUGGGAAAUGCUCAGCGGAAAAGAGCAAUCGCCUCCGGAUAGUCCAACUCACGGCAAUAAAUCGAAGAUUCCGCGUCCGGUGUCUUCACCGAGCAGCAGACCUUCCGGCAUCCCGGUGGCAGUUUCGCCCACCAAGAAGAUUGCUCCACCAGUGAAAAAGGCGGUGACGCCUCCUGGCAACAAACCUGCAAAGUUUGUGCCGAAGAGCAGUCCUGCCAAGAAGACGACACCCUCUCGCACCAGCAGAUUGGAUCAGUUGGAAGAUUCUCCGCAGAAACACCACCCGGCGAGACCCAGCAGUUUACCGUACAAACCUGCAGCCGCGGAGAGAGGAAAAGCCGGGAAGAUAACGCCUCCCAGAAGAGCAGUGUCCACUUCGGUCAACAGGAAACCUUUGGCCGGGCAUCCGACACCAAAAGUUGUGCGGACCCUCUCGCAUCGUCUACCCACGGAAAGCGGUCACCUCUCCUACAACGAAGGGGAGAGGCUGAAGGUCGUCCUCGAGGUUGAUGAGCGGUGGCUCCUCUGCUGCCGCGGCACGCAGAAAGGACUAGUGCCGAGGGACGCGGUGAUCGCGGACUCGGGACGGUUUUGAUCGUCGGCCACGCGAACAAACUUUUCUUGAAAUAUGCUGACCGGAGAAUUGUUGUUGUGCGAUCCGCGUUUCGCUCUUAAGUUUCUUCCCAACCUAUUCUUUAAACAAAAGUAUUAUUUAUUUAAGAUUUCCUCGAAAGCCGUCAAACAAACAAAAAUCCAGACAAAAAAAAAUGUUUCAAAAGAAAUCCUUCUCUCUGUAAAUAGUAAUCUCAAUACACCUAAGGCUGCUUAUACUAACUUAAAAAAAAAUAUCCACUACUUACUCUAUCUAACACUCUCUCUCAAUCCACUUAAUUAUUUUUUCUUUUCUUUGGUGAUGGGUUCUCUUCCUUAUGUAUCUUUCCGUUGGUAGAUUCACAAAAGGUUUACUUCAAUUUUCAAUCAAUUGUUCGUCGAAGCCUCGUUUAAUUUAGUUGCACGAUUUUUGGUAAUUGUUGUUUUUUUUUUAAAUUUGAAUUGGUAUUUUUUUUUUAGAAAUCACCGAUUUUUCAGUGUGGGCUGGGUAUUCCAGUCGAUACCUCCAGAUCCAAACAGAAGAAAAAACACUUAAGACCGUAGUAACUAACACCUAGGAAAGUCCCACUAAACACGCACUCACACACUCUUUCACCCUCGCAAAUCCGCCUUUGGAGCACUCAUUUUUUUCUUUUGUUUCUUUGUUUGUUUACGAUUUUGUUUUUCUACUUAGUUGCGAAUAUCGGGAAUGUACUUGUGAUAGGAAACUAAGCAACAACAACAACAAUAAUAAACACAGCAGCAGCAACAAACAUUAACAAUAUGUAAACGGAAAAUAAUAAUUAUAACGAUAACAAUAAUAUAAAUACAACUUAAAUUCUAAGCGUAUAUAGUCUAAAAAAAACAGGAAAAAGAGUGUAAGAGUAAGUCAUAAGUAUUAACCUUGUUAUUUUAUGAUGGAUAUAUUAUAUAAAUAUUAUAUUAUUGUGUAUAAAAAAAGUUAAAAAAAAAAUGAUGAAGGAGGAGGAAGAGGAAGUAGUUGAAGAUCAGACAGCCAAUAGUUUGUAAAUUGGGGCCUUUUUGUAUAUUGUGAAACGACACGUCUUUUGUUUUAUAUAGUUUCGAUUCUUUUCCCGUUUCCCUUCGAAGGGAAGUACUAAGUUUUGUAAUUAAGGAAAAAAAAAACGUAAUAUCAACAGAGAUAUUAAUUAACGCUUCUUUAAUGUGUUUAUGUGAUGUUUAAUUAUUAUUAUUUCUACGAUUAAUAUUAUUUUGUAAAUACAUAAGAUUAUUAUUAUAUAUACAUUUAUAUAUAUAUAUUUGAGAGAACCAAAGUUUUAAGCCACGAACGAUCGAACAUUCUUGGGCGAAAAAGAAUGUAAUGAUGAUGUUAUAGGAAGAAUAAGACAAAAAAAAAA